UUCCAUAAUUUUGUUUGAAUUGCUUUUUACCUUUUACUUAUAUAUUAUCAUUAUCUUAUAUCAUAUUAUAUAUCAUCUUCUUAAUAAUAAUCUCUUCAAUUUCUAUUUAAACUUCCAUUGAUUCCUUUUUAAUAUCCUUAACUUCAUUUCAGUUUCAAAUCAUAAUCAUAACCAUAACCACAAUAAUUAAUAAUAAAUAUAAUAAUGUCCACUGCUCACAAACGCUCUUCAAGCAAACUUCAACAAGAAGAAGUAUCCGAUUCUGAUCGCGAUGAUUACGACAACUAUGUCUACAUUGGCAAAACAAAAGUCGACAAAGACGAACUCUUAAAGACUUUAUGCCUCUCAAAAACACUUACCAUGGGAAACCAAUACCAAAAUUUAAUCUCAAAACUAGACAAUAUCGAAAAAAACUCAACCGCUAAUCAAUCUCAACCAAACACAAUUAAAAAGUCUCCUCAACAUCUCUUUGCCAACCCAGGCCCUUUAGGUCUAUGUUCUUUUGCUCUAACCACUUUCUUAUUCUCCUUGUGUAACGCAAGAGCUAUGGGUAUUGAGUCUGAAAACAUUGUAGCCGGUUUAGCUUUCUUUUAUGGUGGCUUCAUCCAAUUUGUCGCUGGUAUCUUCUGCUUCAUCGUCGGUGACACCUUUGGCUGUUGUGCCUUUGCUUCUUAUGGUGGCUUUUGGAUGUCCUGGGGUGCUAUUCACACUGAUGCCUUUGGUAUUAGAUCUGCUUAUGGUGACGAUGUUCAACAAUUCAACAAUGCAAUGGGCUUUUACAACAUCUCCUGGGCCAUCUACACCUUAUUCAUGGCUCUUUGCACGCUUAAAGACAGCUGCUAUUUCUGCUCUUUAUUAUGGGUGGUUGUCGUCGUCUUUACUGUCAAUGGUACCUCAAAAUUCACUGACUCAUUAGCCUGUGCAAGAGCUGGCGGUGUUCUAGGUGUUAUCGCUGCUCUUCUUGCCUUCUUUAUUGCCUACACUAACCUUUCAACAAACGAAAACUCAUACAUCCACGUCAAAACCUUUAUGAUGCCUGACUUUAGCAAAAGCAAAAAAAGAGUUGCUGACUUGGAACAAAAUUCAUCAAGCGAAGAAAGCUCUUAAGAAUUUUUUAAUUUCAACAUCAGUUCAGCACUGAUAAACAGUUAUAUUAUCAAAUGAAAUAAAAAAAAAAUAAAAAACUGCUUUUCUAUUUUUAUAUUAUUUUUAUAUUAUUUUUUUUAUUUUGGUCUUUGGUUUGAUUGUUUCUUUAGAUUUCUUUAAAUUUCCUUAAAUUUUAUCUAAUUUUAUCUUAUUUUAUUUUAUUUUAUUUUAU